AUGUCCUACACACCGAGGCUAAUUAGUUAACUGCACAGUCUUCCUGUAUGUAUUUGCCAGAGAGGUUAAAGCAGCGCUCAUUCAAAUUCACUACCUUUAGUAUUUACCGGCAAUAAGGUGAUUCACGUUUGAAAAAGGUCGGACACUCGCAAUCAUUAAUGUUAAGAGCAGUUCAUUGCGACCCUGAAUUCGGACUUCGUUAGUAGUAUUUAGGCUAAGCUACAUGUUAACACCACCCAGACCUUAAGGGGUCUCUCUCUGUGCAGCUGGCACAGCUGAUUAACUUAACGCAAUAGCGGACUUUUCUCAGGUUGCAACGAUCCUGUCUUUGCAAAGAUGUCGUGGUUCAAUCACGUCAGUCAGGGCUUAAAUCAGCAGCAACCGCAUCCCAUUGACGGCGGAAGACUCGCAGCCACAGACGUGCUCAACUCCAGGCUCAGGGGUCCAGCAGAGGGAUCCCCGACCAUGGCAACACAUCACUGGACCGGAAGCACGACCCCGAGCCCCGGUGACUUUCCACCGGCUCCGCAGGGUGUAUACAGCCCUCCCAGCCUUGGGAACCUGUCCUGCGCUCCUCCGAGUGCGGGUCGGCUCAGAGAGCCGGAGCCCAUCUCCUAUGUGAGCCUCCAGGAGCAGCGGUGCGUCCUGAGCUGGUUCCAGGGCUGGAACGCCGCUCAGAGGGAGCGGUUCUUGCAGGACCUUCUGGGGAAAGCUGUACCUGGGAAAGUGUGCACCCUCCUGGAUUCCCUCAGCACUCUCGAGGUUAAAGACAGGCUACCAAACAUCUACGAAUGCCAGCUGCGCUUGUGGAGUCAGUGGUUUGAGUCUUGGGGAGAGGAGGAGAGGAAUCAUUUCCUGCAUAUACUGGAAGAGCAGGACCCUGUUUUUGUGGGACACUUUUACAGGAGCGUAGCCGGUACAUCAGGACGAGACUGACUAAUGCUUGUAUUGUGAUGGAAAAGGAGGGGUUAUAAUGACAAUUGUUAAAAGAGCGGAUGUUUGUUUGGAAAUGUGUACUGAAACAGAGGUGGGUCUCUUGAGAGAAAUGUCUGUGUAAUUGUGAUUGGAUUUAUUGUUGCAGAUAAAACAUUUCAUUAUAAGAACCCAUUCAA